AUGGCCUCGCAGCAGCAGCAGCAGGGCGACAGCGUCAAGGUGGCCGUCAACGUCCGCCCGCUCAUCACGCAGGAGCUCCUCCUCGGCUGCACCGACUGCGUCACCGUCACGCCCGGCGAGCCGCAGGUCCAAAUUGGCCCACACACCUUUACCUAUGAUCAUGUCUACGGAAGCACCGGAUCUCCUUCCUCGAUGAUAUUUGAGCAAUGCGUGCAUCCGCUAAUCGACUCAUUAUUCGCUGGAUAUAACACCACUGUGCUGGCUUACGGACAGACUGGAUCUGGGAAGACAUAUACGAUGGGUACCAAUUACAGUGGUGAAGCUAACUGUGGAGGAAUAAUUCCACAAGUUAUGGAGACGAUAUUCAAAAAAGCUGAAGCAAUGAAGGGUGAUACCGAGUUCUUAAUUCGGGUAUCCUUCAUCGAGAUAUUCAAGGAGGAAGUAUUUGAUUUACUUGAGGAUGCUGGGUCUGUCACAAAAGCAGCAGCUCCUGCUAGAGUACCUAUUCAGAUUCGAGAAACUGCAAAUGGUAGCAUUACACUUGCUGGUGUGACAGAGCCUGAGGUCAAGUCAAAAGAAGAAAUGGCCUUGCACUUGGCGCGAGGUUCUUUAUCACGCGCUACUGGAAGUACAAACAUGAAUAGCCAGUCAAGUCGUUCUCAUGCUAUCUUCACGAUCUCUAUCGAGCAAAAGAGGACGUCAAGUUCUACAUCUGAGAAGCCAACUAAUAAUGACUAUGAUAUUUUAUCAUCAAAAUUUCAUUUAGUUGACUUGGCUGGUUCUGAAAGGGCUAAGCGAACAGGAGCUGAUGGAUUGCGGCUUAAAGAAGGGAUACAUAUAAACAGAGGCCUUCUUGCUCUUGGCAAUGUUAUUAGUGCGUUAGGUGAUGAAAAGAAGAGGAAGGAAGGAGCAUUUGUACCGUACCGGGACAGCAAAUUAACCCGCCUACUGCAGGACUCUCUAGGAGGAAACAGUAAAACCGUUAUGAUUGCUUGCAUUAGUCCUGCUGAUUCUAAUGCAGAGGAAACCAUUAAUACACUCAAGUAUGCCAAUCGUACACGAAAUAUUCAAAACAAAGCAGUGAUCAACAGAGACCCAGUUACAGCAGAAAUGCAGAAAUUGAGGAGUCAAUUAGAGCAGCUGCAGAGUGAACUUCUGUUUUCCCGUAGUGGGAGUGCAGCAUUAGAAGAGCUUCAGUUGCUGCAACAAAAAGUCUCUCUACUUGAAUUAAAAAAUUCAGAGCUUUACUGUGAGCUCAAGGAAAGAAAAAUGUCGUGUGAACAGUUAGCACAGCGUGCACUUGCUGCCCAGCUGGAAAAGGAUAAGCUGAUGUUAAAGCUUGAAUCAGCACGCAAUGGGAAAUCGUGGGAUGAUAUUGAAAAUGACGGCAGCGAGCAGCCGGAUGUGGACCUUAUGAAGACCUAUAUAUCAAAGAUUCAACAGUUGGAGAGUGAAGUAACACGGCAAAAGUUCUCCACUGACUGUAGAAAUGGUUUACAUGAUCGACUUGCACUGGAUAAGGGCAUACUUCUGGACGAUCUGGGUUCAGGCUGUGAAGAAGGGACACCCGAAGUGUCAAUUGAAGAAGAAGAAAAGGAAAGAGAACAUUCAUCCCUACAAGAGCAACUUGAUCAGGAGCUGCAGGAUCUAGAUAAAAGACUUCAGCAAAAGGAGGCGGAGAUGAAACAAUUUGCAAAGAGCGACACCUCUGUUCUCAAGCAACAUUAUGAGGCGAAGUUAAAUGAGAUGGAGCAAGAAAAGAAGGCUCUUCAGAAAGAAAUCGAGAGUCUCCGUCAUGCAUUAACAAAUAUAUCUUCCUCAACUGAUGAGUGUUCGCACAAAAUGAAAGAGAACUAUCUUCAGAAGCUGACCAUGCUUGAAUCCCAGGUCUCUCAGCUCAAGAAAAAACAGGAAGCUCAACAACAGUUGCUACGACAGAAACAAAGAAGUGAUGAUGCAGCAAUGCGUUUACAAGGAGAAAUUCAACGCAUCAAAUCUCAGAAGGUUCAACUUCAACAGAAGAUUAAACAAGAAUCGGAGCAAUUUAGAUCUUGGAAGGCUGCCCGUGAAAAGGAAGUGCUUCAGCUCAAGAAGGAAGGGAGACGGAAUGAAUAUGAGAUGCAUAAACUCCUGGCAUUAAAUCAGAAGCAGAAGAUGGUUUUACAGAGAAAAACCGAAGAAGCUGCGAUGGCCGCGAAAAGACUAAAAGAUUUGCUCGAAGCAAAGAAGUCCACCCGGGAUACAUAUGGAACAAGUGGAUCAGGGAUUCAGGCAUUGAUGCGAUCCAUUGAUGAUGAACUUGAAGUUACUGUAAGGGCAUACGAAUUACGCUCACACUAUGAACGACAAAUACAAGAGAGAGCAACAAUAUCAAAGGAAAUAGCAAAGCUGAAGGACUGUCCUCAGGCUAUGUCUCCUAGUGCCAGAAGUUCUAGAAUUUCAGCACUGGAAAACAUGUUGGCAUCAUCAUCUAGUGCAAUGGUGUCCAUGGCUUCUCAACUGUCUGAAGCAGAGGAGCGUGAGCGUGUGUCCAAUGGUAGAGGCAGAUGGAACCACAUAAGGUCCCUACCUGAUGCGAAGAGCACAAUGAACUACCUUUUUCAGUUAGCAUCAUCUUCAAGAUGUCAACUACAUGAUAAGGAGGUGAUGAGUAGAGACAAAGACCUUGUCAUUGGUGAACUCAAAGAAAAAGUGGUUGCGCUUAAUGGCAGAACGAGACAACUGGAAACACAAGUUAAUGAUCUACAUAACCAAAAUAUGCAGCUUUUCACUGCAAUGAACAAUGCGAAGAAAUCUGGUAGGGCCUCAAGGUGUGAUACUAUUAUUGAUCCAGAAGAUGGUCAAACUUAUGCUUUGCGGAAGAAUGCUCGAGCCGGUAAGAACAGCUCCUACUGGUCGGAUGACAUGGAAAUAUCAGAUGCCGAGGAGUCGGAAGAAUUAGAGGAUAUGAGUGAUGAUGGAUCUGAUACAGAUUGGGUACAAUCAUCCAGGAAAGUCAAUACACGACGCAGAACAUCAAACCCGAGUAACAAUAGUUCACUUACAAAUGUAAAGUUGGAGAUGCCUAGUGAGGAAAUGCCCACUAUCCAGAAAGAGCAUGCUUCACAGUGUUGCUCGUGUUCAUCAAAAUCAUCAUGCAAGCUCACCAGAUACUGUGAGUGCAGAGCUGCAGGUUCACAAUGUGGUCCUAGUUGUGGAUGCAAAUCUUCCAAAUGUUCCAAUAGGGUGCACAUCAAGGAAGAAAUAGAUGAUGAACCAUCUAAGAAGGAAGGCAGCGAGUCUGGUAAUGUUUCUUCUUCAGAGAAUGAUGCCAAAAUGAAGGAAGAUGUGAAGCAAGGAAUCAUGCUUCUUGAGAAUGCUAUGGCUGAGAAGGAAGAAGCUCAAGAGCCCAAAUCAAGAAAACCAUUGGCGGACAUUGGAAGUAAUGCGGUGAAACAAAACGGGGCAAAACCAAAGCAGAGGAAAAACUGGCGCAAGUCGACAAUACAGCUCGUCCCUACAGGGCCUCCUCCACCGCCCUCUGCACCGGAUAACUGCGAAGCAGCUCCGCAGAACAGAACUGAUAUUCCCCUCAGGCUGCCGAGAGCAAUGUCCUCACUGCCUGCCGAGGGCAACCCUCUUACAGACCGCAACGCCACCAAGCCCGACGAGUCUGCAAGCACCAACAAGGAGAACACCAGCGUUACUGCAAGGCCACCGGCUCGGUCAAGAAAGAAUGCCGCUGUUGAAAAGGAGAACCACCACUUGGGAUGACCGGCCUGCUAGUGAUGGAUGGACAUGUUGAAAGAGAUUGUAAAAGAGGAUGAGGUUAACUGUUAUAACCGACAAGCAUCCCCGAUGGUGAGUUGGUUCUCCAUCAAGGCCAAGCUAGCUUGGCAGGUCCUACAUAGCUUCUGUUUUCUGUAGCAUCGGCAGAGCAGCAUUCCUGUUUUCUGUAGCUAUAUCACCGGUUCUCUGGGGAUUGUAACUUAACUGUGUCUCUCCAUACUGGAUAGGUUUAGAAAGCAGUAUUGCUGCCCCUGCUGUAUACUGUGGCGGGAGGUUACUUGGAGUUGCUGAUCCCCGUUCCUGUGCUGUUGAUAUGCAUGUUUCGUUGGUCAUGAAUUCAUGAUACUUGAUUGUUAGAUUCCUGGUAAAUGGACGGGUCAUGGACAUUGACUUC